UCUGGACUUGUACUUAAUUUCACAGGAUGUAUGGGUAUCAACAACAAGCUGCAGUUGCUGCAUCUCAGCAGUACCAGCAGCCAAGCCAAGACCAGUAUCAGCAACAUGGAUAUCAGCCUCAGUCACAGAUGGCUUAUCAGCAACAAGGAUUUCAGCCUCAGGCACAACAAGGUUAUCAACCACAGCCUCAGCAGGGUUAUCAGCCACAGCAGCAGCAGCAGCAAUAUGGACAACAGUAUCAGCAAGAUCAAUAUGGGGUACAGCAACAACAGCAGAUGCAGCAGCAGACACAGCAACAAACACAGCAGCAAGCAUCCUUCCAGGAAUUCAUUGAAGCACAGGAAAAUAAGGAGGGUGUUCGUUUCUCUUGGAAUGUUUGGCCAUCCAGUAGAAUUGAAGCAACUCGCAUGGUGGUGCCCGUGGCUUGCACAUAUACCCCCUUGAAAAAACGUGAUGAUUUACCUCCAAUUUGCUACGAGCCCCUCAAGUGUACACAGAUGCAAUGUGGUGCUAUCUUAAACCCUCUCUGUCAGGUUGACUUUCGUUCCAAGAUGUGGGUGUGCUGUUUCUGCUUCCAGCGUAACCCCUUUCCCAGUAGCUAUGCUUCCAUCAGUGAACAAAGCCAGCCUGCAGAGCUGUUCCCUUCCUAUUCUACAAUUGAAUAUACUAUCAUGAGGCAGCAGAAUAUGCCACCAAUCUUCCUGUUUGUUGUGGAUACAUGUGUGGAUGAGGAAGAACUGAGUGCACUGAAGGAAUCCAUUACUAUGUCUCUCUCCCUGAUGCCAGCCAAUGCCCUUGUUGGGCUUAUUACCUUUGGACGCCAUGUUCACGUUCAUGUUUUGGCAAAUGAAGUGAUGAGAAAGCAAUAUGUAUUUCCUGGAGGAAAAGAUCAGACUUCCAAAACCGUACAAGAAUAUCUGGGAGUAGGACUUAAAACUACUGCUCAGACACAGGUAUGUUUUUUUUUUUUCAUCUAAUGAGAAAUAUUAUUC